UUCUUGCUCUCCGAGCUUACUCGACUUACCCGGCGACGCGGGUCGCACACAAAACAUACUUAAUGGAACUUCUGUUUACGUUUAGUUAACUGGCAGCUUUGAAAACUACGUCAAUAAAACUCGUAAAAAUGUUGGAAAAUCCUAAAAAUCCGGAAAGAUUACUAAAGAUAUCGAAGGAAGAUAAUGACACUCAUACCGGAAGAAGAAUACAAAGUAAAAUAACUCAAUACAUACGGACUCCAAAAAUUGAAGUUGUCUCGCAAAGUACAACUCCAGCAAAGCAGUCCUUCAAUAUCAAAACAAAGUCUGAUAGCUUGUCAAAAGAAGAAAAUGAAUGCGACGAUGAAAUUGUUAAAAGCUCUCAGGUUACGAUUCAAUCUGACUUGAGGAAGAUGGUAAAUAAGUCCAUGCUAAGGAGAGCCAGAAACGAAACACCCAAAUCAUCACCACCAAAAGUGCAGCUACAUUCGCCUGUUUCUGUAAUCGAUAAACUGAGUAUCAGUGAACAAGAAAUCAGCGACAUAUAUCAUGAUAUUGUGGACGAGGAUCCCAUUGAAAUGACUCAUGAUGUGGAUGCUUUGAUAACCAAUGAUACAUUAUCAUCUAAUGUUUUAGAACAUUCACCAAUAGUUAGUCAAACUUGUAAAAUAGAAGCACCACGGAUAAAAGAUUGUUCUAAAUCACCUCAAAAAAACGAAACGAAAAGAAAAUCGCCUUCUAAAACUUCUACAACAGUAACAAACUCGGAGAAAAGUAAAACAAACCAUACAACUCCCGAUCUUCCACAACCACAGUUAACAAGACUGUCUGAUCUGAAAGUCAAGUUGGAACACAAAGUUCCACCACAACAUUUCAUUUUAUCACAAUCAAUAAGUCGGCCUCUGGAUGAAAAAAAAACUAUUUUAUUCAAAAAAUAUGGGCUCUUGAAAAAGGGACCAUUUUCCUUAAAAGAAGAUGAAAUGAUAAAAAAAAAUUGGAAAAGAUUUUGCAAUAUUCAUGAAUGGAACGAAAAAAAUGUCAAACCUUUUUUAAAUAUGAAACCUGAUAGAAUGUUCAUAAUUCCUUUGAGAGAGCAAAGAUUACAAUUUGUACAAUUUAUAGCAAAUGGAUUACCUUGGAGAAGUUUGUGCAGUGUUUACUUAAGGUUUAGAAAUUUAUAUAAUACUGAUUUAUUCAAUAAGAAUGAUGAUAAAAUCAUUAUGAAUUAUAUCUCACGUACACCAAAAAAUGAAAGGAAAAAUCAUAUUUCUUAUUUGGCAAAAGAAUUAAAAAGAAAAAAAAAGUCUGUAUUCAAUCGUUACCACAGCUUGUUGAAAAAAUCAAACUUAAAACGUGAUAAAAAAUCGACUUAUAGCAGUAUCAGAAGAAAAAAGUCACAGAAAAAAUCAGAAUUGGUUCACAACAAAGUUUCUACUAACGUUGAGUGGACAUAUCCAGUUGUAAGAAAAUUUCUUGAUGAAAUGCUUGAAUUAACAUCUUGCUCCCAUAUUAGUGAAUUAAAAAAUCAAGUAUAUGACAAAAACAUAUGGAAUCAAUUAGGGAGUAAAUUAGAUAUUGACCGUGUUGUUCUGAAAAAAUUUUGGUACCUCCAGCUCCACAUGCAGCUCUUUUGCCCUAAGCCAAUUUAUUUAAACGAUUUUAAGAUUGAAUUGAUUGAGUAUUUGUUUAAGAAGCAAGCAGAGGAACUAGAAAACUUAGAGUGGGAAGCUAUUUGUUUGGAUUUUGAUGGAACAACUCCUUUAUUUUUGUCACAAAUGUUUGACCAAUUAACACAACGUGUCAAAAAAAUGUUUAAAGACUACAGUUUAACUGAAAUUGUUAAUUACUUAUUCAGGGAUUAUAUACCCAAAUUGAUGGAAAGAGAGACAGAUGUAGUUUUGCCAAAAUUGAAUUCUAAACUUCAACGUGUGUUCACUAUUUCCGAAAAAAAAGUACCAAGUAGUCUGCUGAAAGAUCCAUUAGAUCAUGAUUCCUUUUAUCUUAAAGAAUUAAAAAAUCAUAUGCUUUUGGGAUGCAUUUGGAGAGAAAUGGAAAAAGAGCUAGAAAUUGAUCAUACAUUGCUAAAAAGUUUUUGGAUAAGAAAAUUGCACUUGCAUGUAAGUACUAAAACAAAGUCUAAAAUUUAUAUUAAUAUCCAAGUAAAUUAUUUUUUUCCAAAUUCUCAAUUUUUUUUCAGUUUAUACAAACAUAAAUUAACGACUAGAAUAAACUGGUUCAAAAUAGUUACAUAUUUCGAUGGCUACACCAAAGAAUUUUUGCAGGUUGCUUAUAAUAAAAUACUGAAGGAUGCAAGGCAAGCUAGAAAGUCUAAUAAUCCAUCAGUGCUUCUAAAUUAUUUGUACAAUAAAUACAUUCCAUUUUUGAUAAAUGAGAAGCACGAUAGAAUCUUACCACGUUUGAAGUAUACAAACAAUAAACUAGAGUUCAUUGACAUGGAUUAAUGGAAUUAAAAAAAUUUAUAAAUACUUA